AUGAAACCAUGUAUUAUUGAAUUAAAACUGAAGGACACAGAAGAGUUGAAGUGGAAAAAAGUCCUGUCGUCAUAUUUAAAGAGGGUAUAUGGAAUACAACAAUGGAGUCAAUUUUUUGAUGAGAAAUUAGCCUCAGAAUUAGACCAUAUUAGAAGUAACUCGAAUGGAGAGUUGGCUCUUGAUACGUUAUUGGAACAAAAUUGUACAUACUAUGCCUAUUUGGAACAAUUGAAUCAAAGAUUAGGUAAUAACACCAGUGUAUUAAAGAUAGAUUUUGUAUGGUACGAUGCAGAAUAUACAUUAUCGAAUGAAGCACAGAAAUAUAAACAACAUACUUUAGUGUUCGAAAAAUCGGCUACACUUUACAAUAUUGGGGUUCUUUUGAACAAUGCAGCAAGGGAAAAAAUUGAUACAGAUUAUAAAACAGCCAUUAGUUAUCUUUCAAAAGCUACAAUGUGUUUCCAAUUUCUUUCAGAAAAUUUUCUAAAUUCUCCAUCGAUUGAUAUACAGGCAGAAAGUACUCAAUUUUUGUCUAAUCUUUGCCGUUCUGAGGCUCAAGAGAUGUUUACUAUGAAGCUAAUAAAUGGCCCAACAGCAGAAAAACAAGCAUCAUUAAUCAGUAAAUUAGCCUUGGCAACACAUAAUGGUUAUGAAAAAUGCAUUUCUUUUCAAAAGAGACCGGAUGGUGGAUUAGCACCAUAUGGUGAACCAAGAUGGAGCACUAUCGUGACUUGUAAAGUUAGUUUUUUUAGGGCAGUUGCGGCAUAUUACCAUAGUAUUGCAUUAGAACAACAAAAUAAGACUGGGGAAGCUAUUGCAUUUUUAAAAUUGGCCGUGAAUUCUGUGAUAAACGCAUUGCCAUUCAAAGCAUGGUUAAUGGAUUUCAUCGACUUCGAAGGAUUUAAAGAAACAGUAGAAUCAAAAUUGCAACAACUUAAUAAGGAUAAUGAUUAUAUUUAUCAUGACUCUAUACCCCAAAGUGUUUCCGUGGAAAGUAUUAAACCUAUGGAUGCAAUUAAGGCACCAACAUGGUUAGAACAAUUGGAGCCCUUUAAUCAUCAUGUCAUGAAGAAAGCAAAUAUACUGUACAAGGGUAUCGUACCAAUGGAGGCAUAUGAAAAGGAAAGUAUAUAUUCUGAUCAAAAAGAUAGCUUACUUAGAAGAGAAACGGAGACUGCCCAAACUGCUAACUUUGAAUACAAAUCAUUCAUUGAAUAUACGCAUUUGGAUAGUCUUGUUAGAGAUCUUGAGAAUAAAUAUAAAAAUGGUAAUACCGUUGGAGCAUUUGAUGAUAUUGUGCAACAAAUGCGAGAGUCUUUAUCUCAGAUGUCGAUAAACGUUCAAAAAAGUAAUUUCAAGGACAUCUCCCUAGCAAUGAAUGAUAUUGCCACGAAGAGGAGAGAAGUAACUGAGGUACUUGCAACUUUACCUCCAGACCAAAAGGAAAAUGGUGUUAAGUUAAAGACUUCUCUUAUUGAGGCAUCGAAGUCAGAUGAUAAAUUGUUUUCAGUAAUUAAACCCUAUGUCGAGGAAGUCAAAUUAUUAAACGAUCCUGAAAAACUAUGGAAAAAUUUUAAUACUUAUAAUACAGAAUCUUCAUCUCAGCCAAGUCUAUUAGAUGUUGAUGAUACACAAACUACCACUAUACUCUCCAAUAUAAAGGAAAUAAAGCAAGGAUCAGAAGCCUUACGUGUUUUAAACGGCGAACGUUCUGAGAUUCUGGCUGAAUUAAAGGAUAAGAUCAGUGAAGAUGAUAUAACAUCUUUGGUUAUAGCUAAUAACAACAAGUCAGAUGAUCUUCAGGACCUAUUUGCUAAAGAAUUAGAAAAAUUUUCACCCUUAAGCUCGAGACUUGAAGCAACAGUUUUCAAACAAACUUCUCUGAUUAAUGAUAUUAAGGUAAAAUUGGAUGAAAUCUUCUCUAUAUCUGGACUAAAGACCAGAGCCUCUGAUGAGGCAACGAAUGAAAAGAACAGAAGAAUUUUCUAUGAAAAAUUAGAGACAGCCUCUGUUUCUUUCUCAAAUUUUAAUAACGAUAUUAUAAAGGGUCUACAAUUUUAUGACUCUCUGUUGAAUAUGAGUAAAGAGUUAGUUCAUGCAAGUGCUUUGAAUAGUACUAAAAAUGAAAAUGAAACGUAUAACUCCACUUCAUUGCCUCCACCUUUACCUGAACAACCUGGGUAUAAUAAUCCAGCAAACAAUGGGUUUGCUUCGUUAGACUCACAAAUGGCGAACAUGUCUCUGAACACUCCGCCAAUUCCAUCUAGAACCUAUAAUAUGUCGCAACCACCACCAUAUUCUUCUGCAGCUCCACCUAUUCCUGUUCCUGGUUCUUUCAACCCAAUUCCUAGUGGAAGCAGCCAACAGUUUUCAACGGGUAUGACACCUAUGGUUCCUCAGAGACCACCAAGGGAUGUUCCCUUUGGUAUGAAUGGUUUGAUGGCAAGACGUGAACAAACAGCGCAAGAAGAGGCCGAGUUGCAAAGAAACCCAACAGCAUUUUAUGAUAAAUCGUCAGUUUUCGAUGAAAAUCUUUACUCUAAAUAUAGUAAAUAG